AUGGAUGAAGAUAAGCAUGAGGUAAAUGCCACAGUACCCCGUUUUAAUAUCCUAGAACUAGUUGCAAUUGCAUAUAAUGGCCAUAAGUCUAUUGUUUCUCCAUUGGUCAUUCGUUUGGUGGGUCCUAUGCCCUAUGAGUCUGGUAGAGUUAUUCCUUACAAGUACAAUGCUACCAUGUUGGAAGAUGGUAAAGAAGUUCAUAUUCCUUCCUUUUCUUCUGUUGUAAACAUUACCGAUGUAAUUGGUGUGACCCAGAGUGGUCGAGUAUUUGCUGCUGCAACUCCUAAAAGAACUAAAGAUGUUAUGGUGGGGAAGCCAACUCAAGCGAUAACUCAUGUUAUGCAGUCUGGCCAGUCCAGCGGUGUGGAUCAGAAUUCUGAUAAGGAUGAAGUGUUAAAAUUAAUUAAGAGAAGUGAUUUUAAUAUGGUGGGUCAGUUAUUGCACACCCCGUCCAAGAUAUUUGUCUUAUAUUUGCUGAUUAAUUCAAAAGCUCACCGAGAGGCUUUGGAGAAGGUCCUGGAGCAAGCCUAUGUGGAUCACGAUGUAACAAUUGGUCAGUUUGAUAGCAUUGUGGCCAAUAUUACAACAUGUAACAAUCUGAGCUUCAGUACUGAAGAGUUUCCCGAGCAGGGGAGGAACCAUAACUUGGCUUUGCACAUCUCUAUGAACUGUCAAGAAGAUGCCAUGUCCAAUAUGCUGAUGGACACUGGCUCUUCUCUGAAUGUUACGCCCAUGUCUACUAUGUCCAAGCUCUCCCAUCAAGGUGCUCCGAUGAGGUUUAGUGGGGUUGUUAUGAAAGUCUUCGAUGGCUCGAGGAAGACCGUAAUUGGGGAAGUUGAUCUCCCAAUAAAGAUAGGUCCGUGUUUAUUUCAGAUCACUUUUCAAGUGAUGGAUAUUCAUCCCACCUACAAUUGUCUCUUAGGUCGUCCAUGGAUUCAUAAAGUUGGGGCAGUGACUUCACCUCUCCGUCAAAAGUUAAAGUUUAUGAAGAAUGGGAAGUUAGUGGUCAUGGGUGGUGAGCAGGUCAUGUUAGUGAGUCAUCUCUCUUCAUUUUCAUACAUUGAUGUUGACGAAGUUGUGGGAACUCCAUUUCAAGCUCUUUCUGUUGAUGAUAAUGUUGUUAAGAAGAAUGGAGCAUCCAUGACUUCUUUGAAAGACGCGCAACAAGUGGUGAAUGGUAAAUCUUCUAGAUGGGGACAAGUUGUCGAACUUGCUAAGAACAAGAACAUAGUUGGUUUAGGCUUUUCACCUAGUUCAACCCGAAGAGAUUUGAAGCAAAUUAAAGGAAUUUUUCACAGUGUUGGCUUCAUUCAUUCCAAAGAUCAGUCUGUUUCAGCAAUCUUGAAAGAUGAUGAAGAGCAAGAAGCAUCGAGCUUUGUGACGCAUGGUUUGAUAUACCAGAAUUGGCCUGCUGUUGAUGUUCCUUUUGUUGUUCACAUGUCAAAGUAA